AUGAUUCUGGAAGCCGUCGCUAACCAUCGCAUCUGGAUCUGGAAUGCCUACUUCGGUGUAGCCAGGUCGAACAACGACAUCAACGUCCUCAACUCAUCCACCCUAUUCGCCGAUCAGUGCAGGGGUCGUGGCCCGGCCAUCGAGUUCACUGCCAACGGCCGCAGACAUCAUAUGUGGUACUACUUGGCCGAUGGCAUAUACCCAAGGUGGCCUUUUUUUUUAAGACGAUCAACUGCCCAAUUGGUGAGAGGAGAGCAGGAGUCCGCGCGGAAGGAUGUGGAGCGGGCUUUUGGGGUGCUCCAAUCGCGGUGGGCAAUCGUGAAAGGUCCGGCGCGUUUCUGGUACAAGGAAGUCAUCGCCGACGUCAUGUAUACGUGCAUCAUCAUGCAUAACAUGAUAGUCGAACAAGAACGUGGACAUGUCACCGAUUGGGUGGAUGAUGAAGCCGGAUCUAGCUCCAGCACGGCGACCUCGUCUGUCACUCGAGGAUUACCGAUGAGCUUCGGUGAGGUUCUACAGCGACAGGCCUCAAUGCGCAACCAACAAGACCAUACUCAACUCAUGACCGACAUGAUUGAAGAAGUUUGGAACCGCAACCACCGCCGUUGA